AUGAGCAGAGACCGCCAGCUGGAGCAGGCUAUCCGCGAGAAGCAGCAGCAGCUGCUGCAGGAGGCGCGGCAGCAGAUGGCGUCAAGUGCUGCUGCUGCUGCUGCUGCUGCUGCUGCUGCUGCUUCGCGUGCUAGCCCACUGCCACCGAGCUACCGCCCCCACCGGCUGCAGCAGCAGCGGCUGUCUGCUGCAGCGCAUGCAGCGAAUGCAGCAGCAGCAACAGCAGCAGCAACAGAAGCGCACUGCCGGCGCCAGGCGUCUCAGGACGUGCUAGAAUUCCGCCAGCGGCAGCAGCAGCAGCAGCACAGCAGCAACAGCAACAGCAACAGCAGCAGCAGCAGCAGCAGCAGCAGCAGCAGCAGCAGCAGCAGCAGCAGCAGCAGCAGCAGCGGUGGAGAGGAAGAACUGCAGCAGCAGCAGCAGCAGCAGCAGCAGCAGCAGCAGCAGUAA